ACACAAAAUGAUGAGACUUACGUCAUAAGUUGGCCUCUUGUCUGGACCUCGGUGGAACUGAACUGUUUUACAAAGUAAACUUUACUACGUUGCGACAACCUGUAGGCGUGUGCGACAGGCCUUCGGGUCCACUCCGAACACCCAACUGGAGCCUUACCUUUUCUCGCCAGUUUGCACAUUCUUCUCGAGGCUAGUUAUCAGCCAGCCACCCUCUGUAUCCAAGAGCUGAGAACAGCAUCAGAGCGCUACCUACCAGCAGACUGAGAUGGGACGGACAUCUAAGGAUAAACGGGACGUCUACUAUCGCCUGGCCAAGGAGAAUGGCUGGCGGGCCCGAAGCGCUUUCAAGCUACUGCAACUUGAUGAAGAAUUCCAACUCUUCAAAGGUGUGAAGCGAGCGGUUGACUUGUGUGCAGCCCCAGGCAGCUGGAGCCAGGUGCUGAGCCAGAAGGUUGGGGCCCAGGGUUCUGGUCAGGUGGUGGCUGUGGACUUGCAGGCUAUGGCUCCACUCCCAGGUGUGAUACAGAUCCAGGGUGACAUCACUCAGCUUUCCACUGCCAAGGAGAUCAUCCAGCACUUUGAGGGCUGCCCUGCCGACCUAGUAGUGUGUGACGGGGCUCCUGAUGUCACUGGCCUCCAUGAUGUGGAUGAGUAUAUGCAGGCCCAGCUUCUGCUAGCUGCUCUCAACAUUGCUACUCAUGUCUUGAAGCUAGGGGGCUGCUUCGUGGCCAAGAUAUUCCGAGGCCGGGAUGUGACCCUGCUCUACAGCCAACUACGUAUCUUCUUCUCCAGUGUGCUCUGUGCUAAGCCCAAGAGCAGCCGGAACUCAAGCAUUGAGGCCUUUGCUGUGUGUCAGGGUUAUGACCCUCCUGAGGGCUUCAUUCCAGACCUGACCAGACCCCUGCUGAACCAAUCAUACGAUACAGAUUUCAACCAGUUGGAUGGUCCUACUCGUGUUAUUGUGCCUUUUGUGGCCUGUGGGGACCUCAGCGCCUACGAUUCGGACUGCACUUACUCUCUGGAUCUAGACGACGGCUCUGAAUACAAAUAUACUCCACCUACACAGCCCCCCAUCGCACCCCCAUACCAAGAAGCCUGCAGGUUGAAGAAGAAUGGACAGCUGGCCAAGGAACUCCUCCCCCAAGAAUGUUCCAUCAACAGUGUAGACAAGUUGCCCCAGCCUCUGGCUCUCCAUACCCUGCUAGCCCCCAAGGCGGAAGACAAUGAAAUUAAUUGUUCGUCUUAACACAUUAAGGUAUCAUCUAUGGGGACUGAACAGACCGACCUAGAGUGAGAAUCUACAACUCCAUCACGAUCAAGAAAUGGUGAAGAAGUCCUCAGAGCUGCAGGAGGGAUUUGUUGAGACCUCUCCUGGAGUGUCCUCUCCAAAGCAAUGGUUCUUACAUCAGGGACCUCCACCAAACAUGAUGGAGGAGUGUGUGAAUAUUGUCACUAUAACUGAAGUUCAGUUGUAUUCCCAAUUAACAAAUAUUGGCAAUAAAUCAGAACUGGAAAAGCCC